AAUGACGUGGUAGUCUGAUCUAUUUUUAGUACUGUAGCGUAAAACGACUUUUCUUCAUUGCUCUGAUUGGUCGUUGUUGAAGAAUGUUCACAUUUUUUAUUAGUAUAUGGAUGAAAAAUCAUCAGACGAAGGCAUCACGUUUGUGUUACCAGUUUUCCAGGUUUUAACUAACCAGAGUCUUCUGUCGUAGACGUCAAAAAUUGUGAUAUGUGACAAAGCAAACUUUGUUCAUUCUUCGAAUUUUUGUUCUGAUAUUAACAUCUUGUGACGAAAUUCUGUCGAAAGUUUCAAAUAGUCUCGAUUUGUUUUUUAAAUUUUAUUGGCUCAGUUAUUGUACCAAUAUACGCGACGUACCGCCUGAAGCUUAGACUGCGAAGAUAAAUUGCUAUAAAAGUUACUCUGCUUACGAUCUAGGCUAUCUGAUUGUGCUUUUAUUAUUAUCUAUCUAAUCACUCUGUUUUCUUUUGUUUUCUACUCAUGGUUCGUUUUCAGAUGGUUGAAACAAACGAUUAGUUUGUCUAACUCUCGAUAUCAACCGAGUUAAUUUAUUUGAGAGCCACAUUCGUGAAAUGAUAUUUAACCGAUCUUCUGUAAAAAUCAGACCUCGUUUCUUCCCUCAAAGUAACAUUUCUUUACCUCUAAGUUGUAACACUAACCGUUGAAGUAACACGUCUUUCUAUAAACAGUUAUCAGAAGAUAUCAUAAGAAUUUGUGAACAUUCUAUCUAAAGUUUCUUAUUUAUUGCGCCUUGUUUGGCAGUAUUAUUAGUUGCAAGUUUUUUUGUUUUCCUCGCACAUAUUCUACCUCAUCUUAUAAUGGCGUCUAGAGAUGCAUUAAGCAAUCAAGAAAACCUCACUUCGGUCGAAGCUGAGAAUGUUGCAGAAUCUAAAAGUAAUAAGAGAAGGAAAAGCUCGUUGGAGUCGUUAUUUGGGUUCCUCACAAUCCGCAAGUCCAAGUGGAUCAGACUUUCACCGUUUAAGAGACGCAAUGAUAGAAAAUGUGGAACCCAGGACGAAAACGCACAACCCAGCAGCAGUAGACAACAUUGGCAGCAGGAUCUGAGACGGACGGAGUCUGAUAUACAGGGUCGUCCAAUAUACCCAAGAAACCGCCCCUCUUUCCAAAGCAUGCAGUUCGACGCUAAAGUCAAUGGGCAUGGCGAUGUAGGGCUUAUUGGAACUACUGCUGGAGGAGAGUGGUACUAUGAACAGACUUUCAACAGAGAGACAUGGAGAGUGAAGCAGAGGUUCCAGUCGCUCAAGGCAGUCAACGGAGGUGCAUUCGGAACUGUGUGCAGUGCUAUUGACACGGUGACAGAGAAAGAAGUGGCCAUUAAAAGGAUGAACCAACCCUACAAGUCAGAAAUCCACUCGAAGCGAGCCUUGAGGGAAUUGAAACUGCUGCGAUUUGUGCAGCACGACAACCUCAUUUCCCUCGUGGACGCAUACACUACAGCUACUUCGUCCAAUAUGAUGAUAGAUCUUUAUCUAGUCAUGCCUCUACUGGAUACAGAUUUGCACCAGUUGAUCCAGCAGUUCAAGGUUUCGUCUGACCAAGGAAUCCUCUCCCAGGACUACAUACACUUCUUCAUGUACCAGAUACUAAGAGGGCUCAAGUACCUCCACUCAGCUAACAUCAUGCACAGGGACCUGAAACCAAGCAACAUUGCCAUCAAAACAGAUUGCUCUCUAAAGAUUAUUGACUUCGGUCUAUGCCGCAAGUUCAACACUGAGGUCACUGGUUAUGUCCAGACCAGAUGGUACAGGGCGCCAGAGGUCAUGAUUGACUGGAAGCACUACACAGCUGCAGUGGACAUGUGGUCGUUGGGUGCUAUUCUGGGGGAGAUGUUGAGAGGGCGGCCUGUGUUCAAAGAGGACGACCACGUGGAACUGCUGAAGAAGCACAUAUUCAUCUGUGGCACUCCAGACGAUGCCACUCUGCAGUUAUACGAGAGCGAGCAGGCAGUCACAUUCAUCAGGGAACGACUGAACAACCAGCCCAGAGUCGAUUUCCGAACAUACUUCAACGGAACUGAACCCUGCACCGAUCUUCUGGAAAGACUGCUGCAGAUGAACCCUAGAGACAGACUAACAGCUGAGCAGGCUCUCUCUCAUCCCUAUUUCUCCCAACUACAUGAUCCCAAGGACGAAAAAGUAGCCUUAGCCACUCUGGACGAUUCCUCCUUCGAGGAUAUCUCAACUACAGCGGAUCUGAAAGUGGCUAUAUUUGAGGAACUCCAGGAGAUUGCGAGAUUCGGACCCUCGAAACACAUGGCUUCACCCAGUACUUACACUUCGCCAAAAGACCCAAAUUCAAUUUCGUCGUCUGAAGAAAUGCAGUUAUAACGAAUAUGGAUACUCGGUAGCUAAUUGGACCAUUAGUUUUGAAAUUUGCCGAAUGGUUCAAUUGUUUGGAUAUCUUUGUAGGUCGUAGUGGUAAACAAAACACAAAUUUUUGAUUAUCAAUACUUUUAAAUACGUUUCAUCUAUGGCAUUAUCAAGUUUUAGUUUUAAUAAUCUGAAAUAGCCAAAAUUACUUGAUUUAAACUGGUUUCAUUUUAACGCUUGUGUUUAUUUUCAUGACGAUAAUUGUGCUGAUUUGUUUCAAUUCCUUGAGCUGCUGGUAGAGCAAAUUGUAAAUAGUACAUCGCUAAUUUCAUGUAUGGCAAACUGUGUUCCGUAAAUGAAAAUCAGGAUUCUA